GUCAUCUUUAGGGUUACGCACAUGAAAUCCAUGCCGACCGGCGCGCUCUUUAGACGUCAUCAUGCGCUUCAAGCACAGGUAUCUCCUGUGUGAGCUGCUGCUGGAGGAUCCUCGCUGGAAGCAGCACAUCUCGCAGGGCACAGUGCUGUACAAUGUGAAGGAGACGGUGGCGAGGCUGCACGGGGACUUCGGGGCUGCAGCCUGCUCUUUAGGCUUGUCCGUGAAAUAUCUUAAUGCCUAUACCGGCAUCAUCUUGCUUCGGUGUCGGAAAGACGUUUACCAUCUUUUGUGGUCAUCCCUGCCAUUUAUCACCAGCCUUGAAAACAGAGGUCCGCGCUAUGCAUGCUUUAUCAACACACUACAUGUUGGAGGCACAAUACGGAUAUGUCAAAAAUUCCUCAUUCGGUACAACAGGAAACAACUGAUGCUGCUGCUGAAGAACUGUACUAAUCCUGAGGAGAAAGAGGCCAUCCAGAAGUCUAUAGCAAGUUGUUCAUUACAAGAUGUAGAAGAGCCAAAAGAAUUCCUGCCUGAGGAGGAAGAGGAUUAGGUUACUGAAAUUUUGGGAAAUAUUCUCAUCUGUUUAAUUUUUUUUUCAGUUUUAUGAAAAAUUACUUUGCUAGAGCAGCACUGUAUACUAGUCAUUUUUCAUUAGCUGCCACAACAUGUAAUAAAGUUGCCUUCAGGUUUAUUUAGCAAGGUUUCCCAACCAGGGUGCCUCCAGCUGUAGCAAAACUACAACUCCCAGCAUGCCUGGACAGCCAAAGGCUGUCCGGGCAUGCUGGGAGUUGUAGUUUUGCUACAGCUGGAGGCACCCUGGUUGGGAAACAUUAGCAGGUUUUAUUUACUGUAUCCCUUCCACUAGGGGGAUUUGAAAUAAAGAUGCUUCGGCUUUAAAUGUCAUUUCGAUCAAACUAAAUCUUGACCUGAUCCAGUUUUAGUCAGACCUUGUGUGACAAAGCUUUCAAUGUUCCUUUCUUUCUGGAUCUAAAGUUUACAACCCUAAAACUACUGUGAUGUAAAAUUCAGAAAGUCACUGCUAGCUUUUGUCAUGAUAAAAUAGUACUUCACAAAAGGCAGUAUAGCACUGCUAUAACCAUCUUUAAGUAGCGAUGGCUUUCUGAAUUUUCCAGCAAGGAAUGCUGUGGUACUCAACUACUUUGAAUAGGCUGACGCCAUGAAGGUUGGGGCCUCACCUAGCAAGCACAUGUACUAAAGCUGAUGUGGGGGUGGGGGUAAUAGUUUGAACUCUUUCACCUCUACUUUUGUGUAAGUGUAAUGUAAGUUAAAGGGAUUUUUUUUUUUUGAUUAGUCAAAGGGAUGUAAUGUUGUCAUUCAUGAGUGUCUGUACUUAUGUUUGAGGGGUGGCCUUGCAAUUCUUAUGUGAUCUUUGCCCUGAUUGUUUAUCAGUAUACAAAAUUAGUCCUCAGCUUUUCCCAGGUUGCAGUGUAGCCCAAGCCAUUGCAUCACUAGUCAGGUGUUCAUAGGAUCCUGUCUGCUUCAAUGGGUGGAGCAUGGAAUUGUUUUUGCAACAGCUGGAGGCAUCCUGGUUAGAAAACACUGGUCUAGUGUUCACACUACAACAUGGAAGACAGCUCCCCUGUGCUCUAAUGGGUGGGGUGAUUGUGUGGGAGGGAGAAAAGU